GAAAGACACCAGUUACACGGUCACCAGUUCAACCGAAACACCGGCAACGAAUCGGCUCACUAAACUAAACGAUGCUAAAGCGGGGAGCCGGUCUUACAUGUUAACCUUUCAUUUACCCCGGCGGCCUCUGGGGCACAUUUGUACCCUGGCUAGGAUUGUUUGUAUGUGUGGUCUUAUUAUACUUGUGGCUGGACUGGUUAGUUUCAGUUCUGCUUUCUAUGUGGCGGCGGGAGCAGACAUUAAUAACACGGUAAACAUGUCCGGUGCUGCCCACGGUCGGUUCAUGUAUUUCGCCUUUGGGAGCAACUUGUUGAAGGAAAGACUGCAGCUGGCAAACCCCUCAGCGACAUUCUGCACCACCGGUCGACUGAAGGACUAUGUGUUGAACUUUGGCCUGUGGGAGAAACAUGUGGAUAAUGCUUGGCAUGGUGGAGUUGCCACUAUUGAAUUUUGCCCAGGCGCGGAAGUGUGGGGAGUGAUCUGGACUUUGAGCAAUGACAAUCUCAAGAGCCUAGACAACCAGGAAGGGGUGAGCCUAGGAAAGUACUCUCCAAUUGAGGUUUCAGUUGAGACGGAUAAUGGAGUGACAUUGUGCAGGACCUAUCAGAUGAACAAUUUCCAUGCCUGUCCUCCUUCUCCUCAGUAUAAACAGGUGGUGUGUCUGGGUGCAGAGCAGAACGGACUCCCGGUGGAGUACCUGAAGAGGCUGGAGGCCAUUAAAACAAACAACUACAGUGGUCCCUCGAUCCUUGAUCAGAUCAAAACUGUUUAGAAGCAGUGAUUGAAAAAACAACUUUGGAACCAGCAGCUGACAACGACGACUUCACCACUAUAUCCACUCGUCAGCUGUUCUAAGUAGAAAACUGAGUACAGAACAGCUACUGAGCGGACAUCGUCUCGUAUCAAGUUAUGAAGAGGUUUGACCAGAAAAACAAAAGUCGCUCGAAGUCCAGCGAUUUUUGGACCUUGCAAGGGAACCUCAUAGUCAUCAUCAUUACCUCAAGGCUGUUAAAUGUAAUAGUAAAGUAAUAAUAGUGUAAUAAUGAUAAAUAAAAUGUAUUAAAUGAAUGGUACAGAGUGUGAGGUAUGGCUGUAAUCUCUGGAAAAAGUUAAUAAUUUGAACCUGUGUUUAAAUUUUGGAUUAUCAAACUAUUUCCCAUGUUCAAAGAAGUCAAGAAUUAACUUUCACACUUGGUUAUAAAGUAGAUUCAGUUCCACUGUGUUGCCAGAAGUCAAUAUUGCAUGCACGUAGUAACAUAGGUUUGGCUAGGCUGACAACAUGCUUUUGAAGAUUUUUAUUCUGAGCUGUUAUACGGCAAUUAAUUUGAGAAUAAAUAGGAUUAAACUACUCAAUCAUCACAAUGGAAGACCAAAAUGUAUGUGGCAAGCAGAAAACUGUUUCAGUAUUUCUCAGGGGAAUAUUAAAAGCUGAUGAAAAACCCUCAAGAUUUCACUCGUUAGCCUUUUAUUGCAUAUGUCACACUGCCUUUAUGUUCUGUUACUGUCUAAGAAAAUAAAGAGCUGCCAGAAUCACUAAACAAUUUUCUAGGUCAUUCUAUUACAUGUGAAAGAAGCAUGCCUCAAGG